AGGUAAUCAAAGAUCCAAACUUUGAAUGAGUCAAGAAAAGUAUAAUGAAGCUAAAAAUAUUAACCUUUAUUCUAACUUGUGCCCUAAGUGCUAAAACCGAAAAGUACUUCAACGAAAAUGACAUUCCAGAAAUGAUCUAUUUGGACCCAUCAACUAACCCAUGCGAUAACUUCUACCAAUUCACUUGUGGUAACUUUGCCAAAAUCCACCCAAGACCUUCAUCUAUGAACAUCCUUGACCACUUCACUCUUCUCGAAAACGAAUUGAUUCAAGUCGGGAGAGAAAUUUUAUCAAAUUCCCCCUCCGAGGAUGAUCCCAUCGCAUUGAAAAAAGCCAAAACGGCUUUCAAAAGUUGCGUUAAUGUCCAACUACAUAAUACAGUGGCGGUACCACAACUACGCACCAUUGAAGAAUUCGGGGGCAUGCCCCUCCUCUCCACUUCCAAUAAAACAGUAAAUUUCUCCUGGAACGAUAUCGGAAAGCUAGUUAGUGAGUACGGAGUUCCCCUAAUUUUUGUUUACAGUGUGGCUCAAAAAAGUCAAAAUGAGAGUAUGAUUGCACUAAGUUGGGACACUUUGACCAAUCCAACUUUGUUUAGACCAAGUUUGGGACAAAGCUACGAUCAUGUUUUGGAAGAAGAUUUUGCGAAAUUUGGAAAAAAUCGGGUCACACGAUCAACUACUCAACCUUUUGAUGUUUUCCUUCAAACUGUUGCUAAAAAUUUACUAAAAUACACCAAUCCGGGGAAAUCUGACGAGGAAGUUGUGGCCGAAAUCGACGAAAUGGCAACUUUUAUGAGAACACUUGCUAGGGGAGGAAUUCAAAAUGGUACAAUUUUGCCUCUAGAGUCAGAAGUGACUUUGGAACAACUACAAGAGUGGACGCAACAACAAAUUCCAGACGCAAAAAUAGAUUGGGUGGAGUACCUUGGUGCAGUUUUCCACAAAUCGGGGGUCAAAAUCACCCCACAGGUCAAACUAUACCACCAAAGCAUUGAACGCAUUUACGGUACUCUCAAUUUAGUCAAACAGACCGACUCUAAAGUCCUCAAAAACUUUGCUUUGUUGCGUGUUUUUCUCUUCCAAGCACCCGACAGUGAUUCUGACACACGCAAAGCCUUUGAAGAGUACUACCAAGCCAAAAACUACCAAUUGUACCCUCGUUGGGAGUACUGCACAAGGAAAAUUCUAGAUGUUGUUGACACGGCUAGUCUCAGUUAUGCUGUAACAUAUGCCUAUCAAAAGUACCACUUCAACAACCAGAAAUUGUCUCAAGUUUCAGAAAUGAUCGAAAAUAUUCGCGCAGUUUUUAAAGAAAUUUUACUUAAAUCUGACUGGAUGGACGAAUCACGUGAUAAAGCUUUGAAAAAAGCUGAAAACAUGAUGAUACUACUUGGAUAUCCCGAUUUUGUCGACGAUAAAAACACCCUUGAUAAAUUUUACCAAAACUUCCGAAUUUGUGAAUGGGAUAAUUACGGAAACGCUCGAACAAUUCGGGCCUUCAAACAGGCGUACCAAUUCACACAGUUAUGGAAACUUGACCGUUCAUUUUGGGGUAAAUCACCUUUUGACGCAAAUGCGUACUAUAACCGUCCCAAUAACAAAAUUGUGGUACCAAUUUCAAUGCUCAACCCUGUAUUUUUCUACGGUGAUAACCCAAUUUUGGAUUAUAGUCGUCUUGGUAGUAUUAUCGGGCACGAAAUCACCCAUGGUUUCGAUGUCAAUGGUAAAAAUUACGACCAAGAUGGUACUAUGAUAUCGUGGUGGUCCCAACAAACAAUGGAUGCGUUUAACGAACGAACCAAGUGUUUUAAAGAGCAAUACAGUCAAUAUUACGUUCCUGAGAUAGACAACUACGUGAAUGGUUCCUACUGUAUUAAUGAAAAUUUGGCUGACAAUGGUGGCAUAAGGGAAUCUUACAAAGCCUUUAAAACUUUAGCAGAAACCCAAGAAAUCAAAUCUAGUGGCAACUACACCUUGGAACAAUUGUUUUUUAUUGGUUAUGGAACGAUGUGGUGCAGUGACGAAUCAACUUAUGCUUUAUCAUUAAUUCUUGGUGGUAGUUAUCCACCAAAAAGGUAUAGAGUCAUCGGGAGUUUAUCCAAUAUGGAAGAAUUUUCGCAAGCUUUCAAUUGUCCACUUGGUAGUACCAUGAACCCGGAAAAGAAAUGUCAAUUAUCGAAAAUAGCCAUUAGGAAUUUAGUAGUGCUAGUGCUAGUGAUGGACGCGAUUAAACUAAUAAUAGCUCUUGUGAUUCUAGUCACUAUCAACGCCCUUGAUGAGAGGUAUCUAGACUUGACGGUGGAUCCUUGCGAUGACUUCUACCAAUAUGCAUGUGGAAAUUUCAAAAACGUCGAACCAAAACCCCCAAAUGACCCUCUUUUAGAUCUUUUCACCACAACUGAAAACGCAAUAAUUGAAAUAGGAAAAGACAUAUUGUCUAUUCCAAUACAUAAUGGUGAUGCUGAAGCUUUGAAAAAAGCCAAAACGGCGUAUAAAUCCUGUCUGGAUACUACCAAUAUUGACAGACAAUCUCAUUAUGAAAAACCUGAAAAUUUGAUUGUGAAACAAUUCGGAAUGCCACUCGUUGAUAAUACAACUCUAACAAAAAUCUCUUGGACUCAAAUCGGGGAAAUUUCACGCCAGUUUGGUGUCCAACAAAUGUUUGAGUUUUCUGUAAGAAACUUCAAUACGGAGGAUUACGUCCUAAUUAUGAUUCCAGAUAGUUUCAAUGAACCAAAAAUGAUCAGACCUGAACAUAUCAAAACUCACGAUCAAGUGUUACAAGAGUCGUUUAAAAACAUGGCAAAAAAAUACAAAACAAAACUUUACACUGAAGAAGAUCCAUUAAAAAAAUUAAUUCUAGACAUCAUAAAAUAUCUAGUAACUGAAAAACACGAUUUUGAGAUAAUUGAAGAGUUACAGAAGAUUGAAGCUUUCGCUUCGCAACUAUUUUCAGGAGGAAUUCUAGAUGAUAAUGUGACAGCACCUGGUGAUAUUUUAACGUUGGGACAACUCCAGGACUGGACUGAGACAAAAUUUGGAGCCUCUAUUGAUAUCAAUUGGGUUGACUAUUUUCAAGCCUUGUUUUCGCCAUCUGGUCUUAACAUAACUGAAGACUUUGUUGUGUAUUUAUUCGACCCGAAAUCUGUCUACGGAAUUUUGAAUCUUGUCAAACAAACUGAUCCAAACACCGUUCAAAAUUUUCUACUUCUUCGAACCUUUUUGCAUAUGGCGCCAGAAAGUAGUCACGUGAUCCGUAACGCUUUUGAGGAGUAUUACAAAGCUUUAGGGUUGAAAUUUUAUGACAGGCCUGAAUAUUGUACAAGAAAAAUUCUCGAUGUGAUUGAUUCGGCGAGUCUGAGUUUUGCAGUUGCGCAUGAUUAUGUCAAUUAUCACUUCAAUAAUAAUAAAAUACGUAAUGCUGUGAAACUGUUUCACGAUAUCAAAAAAACUUUCAAAAGAAGUUUAAUAAUAAAUGAUUGGGUUAGUGACAACGAACGAAAUGCCCUAAUUGAAAAAUUAGAUGAUAUCGAAAUUUUUCUGGGAUACCCCGAGUUUAUCACAAACACAACGACUCUAGAUACAUUCUAUGAAAACGUCGGAAUUUGUGAAUGGGAUAAUUAUGGGAAUUCUCAAAGAAUCCGAGCUUUUAAACAAGCUUAUUCUUUUGCAUUGUUUAACAAUCACAGAUUAUGGCAGGUCUCACCGUUUAAAGUAAACGCCUAUGCGCAAAGAGCCAGCAAUCGAAUACUAAUACCACUUUCAAUGUUCCACACGACGUUCUACAAAGGUGAUGAUCUCAUUUAUGACUAUAGCAGAUUUGGUAGCACUCUUGGUCAUGAGCUACUCCACCAUUUUGAUUCUUCGGGGAUUCACAAUAAUUUAAAUAUUUCACUUUCGGAUUCUGAGACUUUUAAGAAAAAAAAACAAUGUCUUAUUGACCAAUUCAACGCGUUUUAUGUACCAGAAAUUGAAAUGAAUAUCAAUGGUGAAUUGACUUUGAAUGAAAAUAUGGCGGAUAAUGGCGGACUUAAAUUGGCGUAUCAAGCAUGGAGAAAAGUUGAUGGGGAAAAAGAUGCAAAAUUGUUCUUUUUGGAUUUUGCUCAAUCGUGGUGUAGUCAAGAAUCGGUUGAGUUUUUGAGUAACCUUGUCAAGACAAAUGAGCAUUCGCCUAGUCGAUUCAGGGUUUUGGGAAUUAUGAGUAAUUUGGAGGAAUUUUCAGAGGCUUUCAAUUGCCCGGUGGGAAGCGGCAUGAAUCCUGAAAAAAAGUGCACUGUUUGGUGAUUCCACUGAAAUGUAAUAAUAUUGAUUAAUAAAAAAAUAAUUAAAACGA